AUGGCAACAACUCUUGAUUAUGCAACAUCAUCGGACGAUGAUGAAUCUUUUGACGACGAAAAAACAACUAGUGGUUCGUUUAGAAACGGAGAGUUUCAAGGACGAGUUUUCAAAUGGACUAAUUAUUUGCAUGGCUGGCAAGAAAGAUAUGUUAUAUUAAGACAUGGUUUUCUAAAUUAUUAUAAGAAUGAAUAUGAUAUUAGCCUUGGUUGUCGGGGAGCUCUGUCUGUGAAACAAGCUCUUAUUCAGUCUCAUGAAUUUGAUGAAUGUCGUUUUGAUGUACGCGUCGGUGAUUCAGUAUGGUAUUUACGUGCACAUAGUCCCGAAGAUCGUGAACGUUGGAUACAAGCCUUAGAAGAUCAUAAACAAAUGUGUAAAAGUGAAUCCGGUUAUGGCAGUGAAACAAGUUUAAGACGUCAUCCAAGUAUUGGUUCGUUAGCAUCUACAGCAAGUGCCAGUGUUACGUCAACUGGUUCAUUUAAAAAAGAUCGUAGUUUAAAAGAAAAAUUAAAUGAAUUAGAAACAUUUCGAGAAUUACUUGUACAACAAGUUGCUACACUACAAACCUACUUUGAUGCUUGUGCUAAUGCAGUAACAAAAGGAUUUGAACCAUAUCAAAAGGAGUAUGAAAAUGUAACUGAUUUAGACUUUGAAGAAUCAUUAGAUAAAAAUGAUUCAAAGUCAAUAUUAGACGGUGAUACAGUAAGAAAUCCAUCGAUAAAACCAAAAUUCGAUCGAUUAGCUCUUGAUGAUCAUGCAGCAAUGGCUAUUGAUUUUAAAGGCGAAGCUUUAACAUUUAAAGCAACAACUGAUGGCGUUAUACAUAAUGUAGCAUUUUCUAUUGAAUUAAUGCAAAAACGAGAAGAUAUUUGGAGAAAAAAAUAUGAAAAAGAAUUAGAACGUCGUAAAAGAUUUCAAGAUCUAUAUAAUCAAAUCAAUAAGAAAAAAGUUCCCGUAUUCGGUUCUCCAGAUGCUGAAGAAGGACCACAUAGUACAUUAAAAGAAGACGAAUUUUUCGAUGCACUCGAUCAAUCUCUUGAUCGAAUCGAUCGUGACAUUGAUAAAUAUCCAAUUUCAUCGAAAUUAUCAGCUCAUUCUAAAUCCUCCACUAAUUCAACAGUAAAUAAAUCAAAGUCUUCAUCAAAACAUGUACCAAAGGCAGUGCCUGUUUCAACGAUUGUAUCAAAAUCAAAUGAUGAUAAUUCAGAAAGUAACGGCAAACAUCGAUUAACUGAUGACGUUGAACGUAUUGUUCAAGAACAUUUACAGUAUGUUCGCGAAGAUGUAUCAAAUGGUUGGGAUUUAAUACAUCAAGACGGUGAAAUGAAAGUCUAUCGACGUGAAGUUGAAGAAAAUGGAAUUGUUGUUGAUCCCCUUAAAUGUUUUCAUACAAUUAAAGGUGUGACCGGUCAUGAAAUUUGUCGGUACUUUUGGGAGUUUCAGUAUCGAAUGGAAUGGGAAACAACACUUGAUUCGACAAAAAUAAUUGAAGCAUUAGAUCCAGAUACAGUGAUAUUUUUCCAGUUACAUAAACGUGUUUGGCCAGCUGCACAACGUGAUUCAUGUUUUUGGUCUCAUAUUCGAUGUAUAUCACAUUCCGAUGAAGAUCAACCAACAUGGCUUGUAGUUAAUUACACAACACCACAUCCACUUGCACCAAUUAAGUCACCCCAAGUUCGUCUUGUUGCUAAUGUUGCUUUAAUAUGCGAAACAAUCAUAAGUGAACCACCAUUAGAUCCAAAAGAUAUUAAACGUGAAAAUAUUCAAUGCAAACUUACUUAUGUCGCGUUUGUCAAUCCUGGCGGUUGGGUGCCAAGUGCAGCAUUGCGAGGCGUGGCAAAACGUGAAUAUCCUCGUUUUCUUAAACGCUUUACGUCCUAUGUAGUUGAGCAAACACGCAAUAAGCCUAUCCUAUUUUGA